UGUUCUUAACAAAAAUCUAUCCAUCAUGUGAAACCGUACGAAUAACAGAUAUAAAUUAGAUAACUUCUAGACUGAAAGUCGAAAACUUUUUUCACGCACACAAAUUUUCAUCGUUUUACCACCAUUUUGGACACCAAAAAUGUGACAUAAAAACUCUGCCACAUUUAGUCAUGAAUAUUUAAUUCAUAAAUAAACUUCAUAUGGCCCCUCAUACAUAUACGUUUUGAUAAUGAUCUAGGUAAAUAUCUACAUCAAUACCAGGAGAAAAGUACAGUAACAUGUCUGGUAUUCCGCCUCACAAAGAUCCGGUAACAGUUGGUGUGCUUGGUGUCCAUUGUCACAACAAAUGUUAUCGGGGUCGGUACCUCUGCAAGUUAAACCGCGGAGGCUCCAAACUUCUACUGCUUUUCACAAGCCCCAACGAGGUAUCCUGUGGUAGUAGUGAUUUUUGGGCGAGUUAAUUAUUUUUUCUUAUAUACAAAGUUAAUAUAUCAAAAACAUUGUGGUGUCAAAAACACAACGACUGUUUAUGAUAUUUUCCGACUUUUUAAAGUCAAUAAAAAAUUAUAUUUGGGCAUAAAUUGGCCAUCAAAACUGAGCCAAUCUCAAUUUGGCAACACACUCUCUUGUUUACCUUUCGUGUGGACUAAGUCGCUAACUUAAUUCCUUCGUGUCAACAUCCGGAAGCUCCACAAUGACCGUGACGGAGACAUUUUACUUACUAAAAAAUCAUCCCAAGUCAAACCUUCCGACGAAUCAUUGGCCAUCUAUAUAGAUCAAAUCCAUAAGGCAUUGUACCGUUUUUUCUAUCUAUGGAUAUAUUUCGCAGUGCAAUGUUCGAUUUUCCUCUCAAACUGUGAUAUUGAGAUGAAUGACUGCAUUUGUUUUUGUGUUUGUGUCGACGGGAACGUCUGUUAUGUAGAAAAGCAUUUCUUUACUUCGUAUGUUAAAUUGUCGACCUUUUUUGUUACGGUUAAUAUCAUCAAGAAGGUAUCAGUGAAUAAGUCCACAAUUAUUUAGUUUUGUGUUAGAUCACAUUGGUGAAAAUGUUUGGUUUUCUCUAAUAAUGUUACAUUCGUUUUCUGGGACACAAAACCUUUGAAGGUCCACUGCAAUGUACGUUUGUGUGUAUGAUCAUGACAAUCGAUUUUCAUUUUAUUCUGUUAUAAUUUUCUAGACAGAAAAUGAGAGAGUUUCUCUCUAAAUUAUUCUUGGGAUGCUGUAGUUUUAAGCCUACUGCGUGUUUUAUUUUUUGAUAAAUUUGAUGUGUAAAACGUUCGUUGCUCGGACCCGAUGAUAUUUGCAUCCUCAGAACGACCGUUGCAUGUUCCAGUCGGGCAUAAGAAUAGGCCCGACUCGUGACUAAAGGACACAUUUUCUAUGUUUCAUACAGCAUUAAUUUCUUUUCAGGUUUUUUUUAUUAUAUGUAUGAAUCAAAUACGACUUGGUAAUUUAUUUACGUGAUCACUAGACUUAUCACGAAUAUCACAUGAAAAGCUACAGAAUGGAUCUUCGUAAGCAUAGAACGGUGAACACCAAACCCCCAGAUGUGCCAGCUGUUCCGGGACUUUCUGAACAGAACAAAAAAAAAAACCAGAAGAUGGCAGCAGCUGAAAGGCAGAGAGCAUAUAGACAAAGAGUGAAAGAAAAUCCAGAAAAAUACAAGCAGCAGAAAGAAGGAGACCGGUUGCGUUGUAAGCUAUGGAGAAUGAACAGAAGUGAAGAACAAGAACAGAGAGACAGAGACUUAUGUAAGCAAAGAUCAGUUGUGUUCAGAGCAAGACAGAAGGCCUCUGGUACCAAGCCUGCUUCAAAACGAACAAGGAAGCAAACACUGGCACAGGCUGAAAAGUGGAGAGAAUACAAGAGGAAAGAAAGAACAGCAAUGCCAGCACAAAAAAGACGACGAGUAAACGAAAGACGUAGAGCACUAUAUGCCCAGAAGAAGGAAGCGGAGAAGAAGGCGGACGAGGUGAAAGCGUCUCGAAACUUGGAAAAAACACCCUCGCUUUUCACAAGUGAAAAUGCAAGAUGGAAAGCUAUCUCAAGGUCAUUGCACAUUCUACCACGAUCACCUGAUAAAUUUGCUCUGGUACUGUCUUCUGUCGUUGGAAAGAGCACACCAAGGAGAAAGUCAGCACUGAAAAAGAAAUGCAUCCUUAGCCCAGGCUCGAAGAAGAAACUUGCUUUCAACCGCAAACACUCAGUGAAAAACUACACACUGGAUUCCCGGAAACAAAGAUAACCAUAUAACAAUUACAGCACGGAAACAGGCCAUCUCGACCCUUCUAGUCCGUGCCGAACACAUAUUCUCCCCUAGUCCCAUAUACCUGCGCUCAGACCAUAACCUUCCAUACCUUUCCCGUCCAUAUAACUAUCCAAUUUAUUUUUAAAUGAUAAAAACGAACCUGCCUCCACCACCUUCACUGGAAGCUCAUUCCACACAGCCACCACUCUCUGAGUAAAGAAGUUCCCCCUCAUGUUACCCCUAAACUUCAGUCCCUUAAUUCUCAAGUCAUGUCCCCUUGUUUGAAUCUUCCCUACUCUCAGUGGGAAAAGCUUUUCCACGUCAACUCUGUCCAUCCCUCUCAUCAUUUUAAAAACGUCUAUCAAGUCCCCCCUUAACCUUCUGCGCUCCAAAGAAUAAAGCCCUAACUUGUUCAACCUUUCUCUGUAACUUAUUCGACGCCUUGGAUGAAAGCACCAAGGAUCGAGUGUGGUCUUUCUAUCUAAGAGUUGAUGUUUCCAGAGAAUUACCUUGCAGGGUGUUGGAUACUUCCAAGAGUGUUAUGGAGUGUUCGUUUAAAAAAGCAUACUCUUUGUUCUGUGAAGAAAAUCCAUAAUUGAUGAUCAGCUCCAGUGCUUUCUACAUGCUUAAACCAUCAAACAUCAGACCCAUGUCAGCUACAAAGCUGUUGCAGUGCCUCUGUGAAUACUGUUUUUCCUACGUAACGCGCGUCGCGGUGUCCACUCAGAUGGAUUCUACUACAUGAUCAGAUGAAUUAAGUGAAAACGGUGUUUGCAAUUUUAUUGUUCCAGGUGGUAUUCAUAAACAUAGAAAGGAAUAAGAAAUACGUGCACUUACUGUGCCAACCAGGUCACUGGUUGACACCCCGCGACAACCAUUACACAAAAUGUAUUUGUGUAUUCUGAUGCCAUUUUCGUAAACUUGCCAUCAAUAUGCUAUCUUUUAUAUUUUUUUGUUCAUACUAUGUUAGUCAUGAACCCAAUAAAGUUCUUGUCAACUUUUUUGAA